UUUGUAUAUUCCAUAUUCAUGUUUAAUCUGCAAUCUUUCGUGUUUUUUUAAAAUAAAAUAAUUAUGUAUGUACAUUUAUGAUGUUUUAAUAAGAUUGACGAUAAAAGACAACAAAAAUGGAUCGUUUCGUAAUUCUGUUUGCCGUCGUGUUAUACAGCAGCAUCUUACUAAAUCCAGUAAGCUGCAUAACAUCGGAAGAAAUGCGCCUGCACCUGGGAAACGUACUGCCGGUUAACUAUACGACCUACAUCCGGCCUGUCUUGGAUCAGUCAACCGCCGUGGCCGUGACCGUCGACCUGCACCUUAUCGGGAUAAACUAUUUUGACAACCAGGAACAAAAGCUGGUGACGACGGCGUACUUGGACAUUCAGUGGACGGAUGAGGUGAUCGCCCGGAACUGGGGUGACGCGGGAAACGCAGACAUUGAGGAAGUGUACGUACCACAGGGAAACGUCUGGGUGCCCGACAUGGCGCUUCAGAAUGGCUUUGAGACAAUGGUAGGGUUGGGAGACUCGUUUCUAUACAUCCGUAUAAAAAAGGACGGGACGGUUCUCUGGCGGCCGUAUCAAGUGUUUGAAAGCGGAUGUGAAGUAGUGAUCACCUUUUUUCCGUUUGACAAAACGUCGUGUGAACUGAAACUUCUGAUCUGGAGCAACACCAAGGAAAAGGUUUCGCUAUCGCAGGGCACGAUAGGGUUCGACACAAGUCUGUACGAAAAGAACUCCGAAUGGGACAUCCUUAAGACAUCAACCACAGAAGUCACGUCCGGUGACAAUUCUGGAAUUCUUUUCAUUAUUGAGAUGAAACGGAAGCCUCUAGAGUAUUUGAUCACCAUACUCGUGCCUGUAAUCAUGCUGGGUCUCCUGAACGCUUUCUUGUUCGUUCUUCCGGCGGACUCCGGGGAGAAGACCGGCUACGCGGUGACGGCGUUCCUCUCGUUCGCGGUCUUCCUAACGAUAAUCAGCACGGAAAUGCCGCGCAACUCGGAGGACACGUCCAUGUUCUCGCUCUACAUCUUCAUCAUGACGAUGGCCAGCACGGUCAUGGUGGUCGUCACCAUCAUCCAGCUGCGAAUCCACCACCGCCCGGAGGAGCGGCCCGUCUCCCGCCACUUUUACGCCAUCACACAGUGCGUCCGUAGGAUCCAAUGCGCCAUUUGCGUAGGUGGCGGCCAUGUGGCCCGCGAUGUCAAGCGUGCACAGGAAGCGGAAGAAGUCACGUGGAAGUCCGUAUCUGCCGCCAUUGACUUCAUAGGCUUCUGGACAUUUCUGAUCUUUAUGACAGUGUUUACGGCGACAAUACUGGCCGUUUCCAUGCUGGGGGAUAAGUAUCUCCAGUGAAGAUGUUACAUAAAUCGGAGUUCAUUUUGAAACUGUUAUUAACCAUUAACCAUUCGACGUAUGGGAAGCAACUCGUACAUAAUAAUAUAGAGAAUUACUUGCACAGUUGUCUUUCUUUAAAGGGCAAGAGAUACUCAAAACCUUGAUGGUCGCAGACUACUAAAUAAAUUCCCUAUAUAUUCUAUAGACAGUUGAAAGAUUUGCUCGCGAAAUAACACUGAUCUAUAAUGUUUCACGAACCCUAACACCAUAAUUAUAUGGGGAGAAAGUUUCGAAUAUGAGCUAAAUGUUAAACAGCGUUAGAAAUAAAGUUAUGUUUUUAUAAGAAAAAUAAAAUUAGUUGAACGUAACCACUGUAUAAUCGGGCAUGACAAGUCGUUAAACUAUAAGUUGAUUAUUAAUCCUCUUCUUCCAAGCCAGUCAUCGAUUUCUCUUCUUAUUCCUUCUUACUUUGUUAAAGUGACAUUCUUAUUCAAAAUCAAUACAUACACAUGUAUAACAAACAUACAUUUUGACUAAUAAACCUUUAACUACUUACUAAAUUAUGCAUUUAUGGAAAAUAUUAAUAACUGAUAACAAGAUUAUAACCAUGUAAUUAAUAGCUGAAAGCGCAAAAAUAUUAAAUGAAUGGUGAAUGCUAAAAGAUAUUCUGUGGUCUACUAUAGUCUCAUAAGGUAGAAAUAACGUGUUUAUGCUCAUUUCUUUCAAAUUAAACUCGGUAUCCUUCAUAAGAACCAUUGUUUUCGACAUUUAUUCAUCGUUUUUGGAAUAUUAAAACAAUAGUAUUAAUUGUGUUAAAUCUUUUUUGGGAGUAAGAGUGCUUGUUUAAAAAAAGAAUGUUGUUGAUAAUCGUUUCUUUCUGCCCAGUAAGAUUUUUACUUUUGUUAUAACCACUGACAUAUUUAUUGUUCUUUUUACAAGCGACGCAAUUAUUAUGCACCAGUCAAUUGUAACCUCGGCACUCCAGGUCCGGGGAAUAGCACGGACUUUGACUUUUGGUCCAGCCAUGGUCCGUAAAAUCCCCGCCCUGCGCGGACGAACUGUUGGUAAAUCCCCGCCGAAUGCCCCCGCAUCCCAGGGACCCUAGGUAAGACCCAUUCCCCGCUAUAUUUAACGCGAAGACAAAACCACCACAUUCACCCGGCACUGCGGGGUCACCUGGAAGGUAAAAACACGGCCCAUUUCCCCGGUAUACCCCCAGACCUGGUGGGUGGGGGCGGCCGUGGUUGCAAUUGACUGGUGCAUUACAACCCGAAUUACAUUGCCCUGUAUUUAAAUCUGUAAAUAUGUUAUUAGACUGUUGACUAUAUAAAAUGACAGAUAAGCAGAGAGGUUUAAAUAUCAAGUCUAAACUGUCUUCCUCAAUCAUUACCUAUCAUGUAUGCAAUUCAUUCUUUGCUUCAUGUUCAUAUACAAUAAAUAUUGUUUAAACCAAACUGCAGUUUUCUUGUAUUUUUGGAACGUUAAUGACCCGUUAACUUGUAAAACUACGUUUACAACGCACCACAAACUUUUCGACAAAUUCAUAAUUUUAGGCAUGCAAGAAAAAAUAUCAAUCAUGUUUUUCCGGUCUGGAUCGAAAAAUCCGCCCCUCGGGCACGCUGCGUUACCGGUAACGAGGCGCCGAGGCUUACGCGCGUGCCCUAGAGUCGGAUUUUUCUAUCCGUACCGAAAACACAUGAUAUAUACUUAUAAGGAGAGGGGGGACGGCGUGGAUACAAGUGACUGGUGCAUUACAACUCUCGAAUUACAUUACCCUGUAUUUUAAUCCGUAAACAAGAUGUUUACACUGUUGACUAUAUAAAAUGACAGGUAAGCAGAGAGGUUUGAAUAUCGAGUCUAAACUGUCUUCCUCAAUCAUUACCUAUCAUGUAUGCAAUUCAUGUUCUUGCUUCAUGUACUUUUAUACAAUAAAUAUUGUUUAAACCAAACUGCAUGUAGUUUAGUCGUAUUUUUGGAACGUUAAUGGCCCGUCAACUAGUAAAAUUAUAUAUAAACGCACCACAAAUUUAUGAGUACCUCUAUUACAAAUCGGAGUACUUUUAAUACAAAAAAAUCACUCCGCAUCAAAAGCUUUUUUUUAGUAUUUUUAUUACUUGUUUUUUGUUGUUGUUUUUCGUUGUUUUUUUGUUUUUAUCUUUUA